AUGGCGCACGCCCACACCCGUGGCUCCCCGUGCCCCCUGCUGCUGCCUGGUAGGAUGUCCUGGCCCCACGGGGCUCUCCUGCUUCUGUGGCUCUUCUCCCCACCCCUGGGGGCCGGUGGGGGCGGUGUGACCGUGACCUCAGCCGCUGGAGGAGGCUCCCCGCCAGCAACCUCCUGCCCAGCAGCCUGCUCCUGCAGCAACCAGGCCAGCCGGGUGAUCUGCACGCGAAGGGAGCUGGCCGAGGUGCCUGCCAGUAUCCCUGUCAACACCCGCUACCUGAACCUGCAAGAGAACAGCAUCCAGGUGAUCCGCACUGACACAUUCAAGCACCUCCGGCACCUGGAGAUCCUGCAGCUGAGCAAGAACCUGGUGCGCAAGAUCGAGGUGGGCGCAUUCAAUGGGCUGCCUAGUCUCAACACACUGGAACUCUUUGACAACCGGCUAACCACGGUGCCCACACAGGCCUUUGAGUACCUGUCCAAGCUACGGGAACUGUGGCUGCGCAACAACCCCAUCGAAAGCAUCCCCUCCUAUGCCUUCAACCGCGUGCCCUCACUGCGCCGCCUGGACCUGGGCGAGCUCAAACGGCUGGAGUACAUAUCGGAGGCGGCCUUCGAGGGGCUGGUGAACCUGCGCUACCUCAAUCUGGGCAUGUGCAACCUAAAGGACAUCCCCAACCUCACAGCGCUUGUGCGCCUGGAGGAGCUGGAGCUGUCUGGGAACCGGCUGGACCUAAUUCGCCCCGGCUCCUUCCAGGGCCUCACCAGCCUGCGCAAGCUGUGGCUGAUGCAUGCCCAAGUGGCCACCAUCGAGAGAAAUGCCUUUGACGAUCUCAAGUCGCUGGAAGAGCUGAACCUGUCCCACAACAACCUGAUGUCGCUGCCACACGACCUCUUCACGCCCCUGCACCGUCUGGAGCGCGUCCACCUCAACCACAACCCCUGGCACUGCAACUGUGAUGUGCUGUGGCUCAGCUGGUGGCUGAAGGAGACAGUGCCUAGCAACACCACGUGCUGUGCACGCUGCCACGCGCCCGCUGGCCUCAAGGGCCGCUACAUCGGUGAGCUGGACCAGUCACACUUCACCUGCUACGCCCCGGUCAUCGUGGAGCCACCCACAGACCUCAAUGUCACCGAGGGUAUGGCGGCCGAGCUCAAGUGCCGCACGGGCACAUCCAUGACCUCCGUCAACUGGCUGACACCUAACGGCACACUCAUGACGCAUGGUUCCUACCGUGUGCGCAUCUCGGUCCUGCACGACGGCACGCUCAACUUCACCAACGUCACCUUUGACGCCUGUCCUUUCCUCUUACUCCUCCACUCUCAAAACACAAGAGACAGACAACUUCACCAGAGCCCAAGGGGCAACUCCGACAGUGUCCCCGACAGCGAGCUCUACUCGCGGCCCUGGCCGGCCCCACCCGCCCCACAGACUCUUUUGAUACUGAAGGGAGGUUUGCGUCUGUCACUACCUGCUCUGUAA